UUUUCCCCCAAAUUUAAGUUACUCGAAAAACAAACUUCUUCAAACAACACCACCUUUCUCCUUCCAAAAAUGGAUUCUCCACCUUUGGAAACCAAAAACAAUUUGGUACAAGAUCCAUUUGACAAAAAAGAAGAGGAAGAAAAUAUUCCCGCUAUUCCAGCACAAAUUAAAAAACCUCCAAACAUUAACAAUUUGGAAGAAAAUCAAUUAAAAUUGAAUAAUAAAAAAUUUUCUCUUUCGCGUAUAACAAAAAAAGAGCAGCCUAAUGGAGGGGAAAAACAUUUUGAAGAAGAUUAUAAUAUUUUUAGAAGAAAAAAUAAACUUCGAGAAGAUUUGGUUUUUAAACGAGGGGAGGAAGGAGAAGGAAAUGAAGGAGAAGAAAAUAAACAAAAAUUAUCUCCUGAAGAAAUUAAAAAUGUAAAGGAAGAAGAAAAAGAGGAGGAAGAAUAUGUUGGAAAGGAAUAA